AAAAGAGCCAAACACAUCACACAAUAAUAUGGUAACAAUGAUGAGACCUAUUCUCCUUAUACUUCUUUUAUCCUCCCUUCUUCCACCAAUCCUCACCGUUGAUCCCCCACUCCCAUCAUCCAACGGCUCCGAUUUCAUCCGUACAGCCUGCAACACCACACUCUACCCGGACCUUUGCUUAUCCACUCUCUCCUCUUUUGCCAACUCCAUCCAAAAUGACUCGAACCGCCUCGCACGUGUAGCCAUCUCCCUCACUCUCCACAACACUCUCCACCUUCUCUCUUACCUUCAAAACGCUUAUAACCGCGACCACCCAACCCCCGUCCUUAGAGACUGCUUCGAGAAUCUGAAAGAUGCCGUCGACGAUAUGAGAGGCUCGAUGAAACAGAUGAAGGAGCUUGUCUCCGCGUCUGGCUCGGUCGAGUCAUUUAGGUUCCAGAUGAGCAAUGUCAAGACUUGGCUUAGCGCAGCCCUCACUAACGAGUAUACUUGUACCGACGGGUUCAAAGACGUCCACGAAGACGACUCCAUCAAAGAUGACGUCUGCUCUCGAGUCGAUGUCGUCAAGAAGCUCACUAGCAAUGCGCUCGCUUUAGUUAACCGCUAUGCCGACGAGUCAGUAAUACAUUAAUUAAUAAUAUAUCAGUCAUUGAUCGUUCGAGUCUUUCUUUAUCCUGAAAAUAUGAAUUUUAUACUUAUAUAUAAUAUCUUGAUAAAUUAAAAUUACUACUCGUUGUUGCAUGUAAUACUGAAACUAUAUGUGAGUUUUUCUUGGUUGUUAAUAUAUUUUUUGUCGAAGU